AUGCGUGCGCGUACAAAAUCCUUCAGGGGAGUUUUGGUCAGUAGUGCCGCGGCUGCCUUUGCCCCCUCCCCUUCAUUCCAGCUGUUGGUUCGUACGUCAGUGUUCCGUGUGGAGAAUAAUGGAGGUUGUAGGUUCCAGUGUGGGUGCAGUGUGGCUCCAGAGCGGGUGCAGAUUCCCCGGUGUGUGUAUGAGAGUGUGUGUUGGUUGUGGUGCUGCUGCUGCUGGUGCCUGGGUCUCCACUGCCUCACUCCUCCUUCACUUCGCCUUUCUCUCGGCGGCGGCCCAGGCUCGGGGGUUGCCAGUGAAUUUGAGAGCUGUGUUUGUUUUUGCAGAAGCGUCAUAAUCCGCCAUGACAGAACCAAACAUAGAUGGAAAACUGGCAGAGGAGUUUGCUGUCCCGGCCCAUGUGGAGGAAAGGGGCGUAGGGUGGUUGUGAUCACCUCCGGAGGCACCAAAGUCCCCCUGGAAUCUCGCACCGUCCGCUUUCUGGACAACUUCAGCAGUGGGCGCCGAGGGGCUUCUUCUGCAGAGUACUUCAUAGAGGCUGGUUACGCGGUCAUCUUCUUACACAGGCAUCGCUCUCUGUAUCCGUACAGUAGAAUGUUCUCGACCGUCAACAUACUGGAUGCACUGCAGCUCCAGACGAGAGAGCAAGGAGAAGACGAGGUGGUGGUCAAUCAGGAGGUGCUUCCCAAUAUCUACAAGGUGCUAAAACGCUUUCAGGAAGUGAAAGAAAGCAGGCUCCUUCUGCCCAUAGAGUUCAGCGCACUCUCCGAGUAUCUGCAUCUCCUCAAAGCAACAGCUCAGGCCGUCAGCACAAUAGGUUCCAUGGCGAUGUUCUAUUUGGCUGCUGCAGUCUCUGAUUUUUACAUUCCUGCUUCAGAGAUGCCUGAACAUAAAAUUCAGUCUUCAAAUGGUCCAUUACAGCUGAGUUUGAACAUGGUCCCUAAGAUCUUGUCUCCGCUGGUGAAGGACUGGGCACCACAAGCUUUCGUCAUUUCAUUCAAACUGGAGACUGACGCGUCCAUCCUCUUGGACAAAGCCAAAAGGGCCCUGGACACUUACAGGCACCAGGCUGUGGUGGCCAACGUGCUGGACUCUCGGAGGGGUUACGUGGUGGUGGUGACGCCAGACUCUGCGGUGGAGCUGCUUUUGACAGAUGAAGACGUGAAACAGGAUAUUGAGAUCGAGGAGCGCAUAGUGAGCAACUUGACGUCGGCACAUCAGAAGUUUAUUGAUCAGGUCUGA